AUGGAAGUCCCUUUUACUAGUGAUGUUUUUGGGAAUUUCCAUGUAAGGGAAGCGCGUCAAAACAACACACAAGUUGUUAGUUUUCCGGUGAUCCAUCAAGCAUUUCCAUCAUCUGUUUAUUCGUCACUGCAGCCAGUCACGAAUUCAGUUACCACCGAUUUCAUCAAACAGAAAAACGCUUCCUAUGAUACCAACUCAACAGCGCAAGUUGUUCAACCUGUAUCCUUAUGUAAUUUUAAUCAGCAACAGCAUAUCAUCAACUCUAUGGCUAUAACUCCGCCUGUUACUUACUCCGCCGGGGCUUGUUCUCAACCAGGCGCCAGUCAGUCAUAUGUAUGUUCUGUGUUGCCAUCUACUUCUGCUGAACUGGAAGAUUACAUAGAUGCUCAAACCCUGAAAAGGAAAACGCGAGGACGGAGUUGCAAGCACGGGACAAAGAGUUCAUCUAGUUUCGAUGACAAACCUGUUUCGUUGAGUACUAAAGAUUCACAAGUGAGCUCCUCAGACUGCAAUUCCGAUUGUAGUGCAGCAACUGGUUCAUCCGAAAGAGCAAAAACUUCAAAUAAAGACGAGCGUUACAUCCUGCGGAGAUUGAGAAAUAAUUUAGCGGCCAAACGUUCGAGGGACAAUCGUAAACGUCGAGAAGAUACCAUUGCACUACGCGCUAAAUAUCUUGAGAAGUCCAACUUGGUUUUGCAAACCCAAAUAUUAGCUCUCAAAAGGGAGGUUUGUCUCCUGCGAGGUAUACCAUUCGACCCAAAUUACAAAGUCCAGGUUUUGAAUGAUAAUUUUGCAUCCUCCAAUCAAGCCACUACUCAAUCAUCUGUUUUGUGUGAAUUCCCAAAUGACUCAUCUAUGCUAACAUUUUCUCCCAUGACUAGUUCUAAUCAUUCACUUAACUCAAACACUUUAUAUACGCCAAUUACUGAAUUUUCAGGCAACUAG